AUCCCUCAAAUUCGAUAAUUCUAAAUCAAUAAAAAUUCUUCCUGAGAGUACAACAGAUAUAUGCAGCAAUAACGAGUACCGAGAACACGGAAGUGAGAGUGAAACGUGGGUAGGAGAGAGCUCAAAGGCGAGAAGGAAAGAGAAACGAAUUCUCAUUGCGUAUGGAAGAGCGUAACUUUUGAUUCAAAUGGAGAGUAAUCGCCACGACGCUCACCGAGAUUACCCUCGUGGGAUUGUUCGAUAUUCUCUCUCUUUAUCUCUCUUAGCGCAUUAUUCCUCCGAGAAGAUCGAGGAGGACGUAGAGGGUGAGGGCGAGGGCGAUACCGUGACAACGCCCGGUGAUACCUCGGGUCGACCCUAUAAAACCUCAGGAUCGCCGCCGUAUCGGCACCAAUUCGUUCCGAGAGCGUCUCGAGGAAACUUGGGCAAGGAACAACGUCCAACGCGGGAGGAAGAGAUGAUCGAAUUCGUUGGUAAAUUUCCCUGGACAUCGAGGACCUUCUCUUAUUCCUGCCUUCUCCUACUUUUCUUCUUCUUGACGUCCCGUACAACCGCGGAAUAUGAUUCGAGAGACCUAACGAGCAUGUCGAACGAACGAACGCAGGACAACGAUUUUCGUUCGUGUACCGGAGGGAAGUGCAUAAAGAGGACUACGCAAGAGAUGAGCAGCGGGAUGUGGUUUGGACCGCGACUUGGAAAACGUCGAAAGUUCGAGGGUAGAACGGACAUGGACACGGACUUGGAGACCGUCGGUAAUGCUUUCGACGGUUCAGGUUGGACCAUCGUCGCUUUACCAGGCGAGAAGGGACGGACGAGUAAUCGAGUCAAGCUCGACCAAAAAGGAGACUACGACGCAGACGAACUUCCUCCCAAGUUCUUACUUUCGAAGGACUCGGAAAACGCACGAGACGAGGACGGGACGUUCUCAAGCGAACCAUUUUCUUUGGCGAUCGCUCGCGGUAAUCGUAGAAUCCCUAUGACGAUUUCAUCGCGAUUUGCCCAUCGAUCGCGCGUCCCGACGUUUUAGGGAAGAAACAAAGAAUGGAAGAUACCAGGCCAUAGUAACUAAAACUUAUACAGAACUUAUACAGAAAGAGAUUCAAUUAAGCAACGUCUCACUGGAACCACAUAAGAAAUAAAGUAUUCACGUUUGUUUGCAAUCCUCCAUUUAUUUCAUUUUGAUCCUAUCUCUCGAAGACGUCAAAAAAUAAUCACAUCGAAACGCGAUAUUUAUGUUCGCGUAGCACAGAUAAUAAAAAAAGGGGGCGUGUAUUAUUGCUCGAAGAUAUUAUUGGUAGGAAAAGAAGGAAGGAAGGAAGGAAGGAAGGAAGGAAGGAAGAAAGAAAGAAGGAGGAGGACGGAGCACGGUGCAUUUAGGGGUAAUUCCUCGAGCAGCGCUCCGUACCGAUGGGCCAUGUGGUAACGUUAGAUACAGCUCGUAAUCAUAAAACACGAAAACACCGGGAACGGAUAGGAGAUACGGAGUUAACCCAUUACCUCGAUUUAUUUCGACGACGAAUAAAAGCAACGAAUCCAGUUAACAUCUACGAAUGUAAACUUGCGAGCGAAAACGAUCGGUAAAAAACAAAAUUUUCCGUCUACGAGAUACAUAAAAGAGACGUUCUCUCUAUCCGAUCCAAUCGAACCGACUCA